CAUAUGCAGGAGUCGUUCGUUGCUCAGGACACGGUCGCCAUCACCUUCAACCCACCGGAUGGUCACAACAAGCGGAAGUGGCGAUUUGAUACACAGACCUUCCUAAUGAACAGGGAAUAUGGUCUUUUCAAAGACUGCCAGGCAGCGGACAAGGUGCAGCUCAAGGUGGGCGCGCAGGUGCUGCUGCUGCGGAACCUGGACGUGCAGGCAGGGCUGGUCAACGGCUCGCGCGGGGUGGUGGUGGGCUUCACAGCCCCCAGGACGAGCGGCUACUUCCGGCAGCAGCCACUGGCAAUGCUGGAGAAGGGCCUGCAGUGCGAUGAGGUGGUGGAGGCCCUCGAUAGCUGGUACAAGGAGAACAGCCAGGUCCCCGUGGUCAAGUUCGCUAACGGCAAGGAAAUGGAGCUGGCGCCCACGAUCUUCACUCAGCUGGUACCCGGCCGGGGGGCACGGUUCCGAGUGCAGGUCCCUCUCCGGCUGGCCUGGGCUCUGACGGUGCACAAGUCGCAGGGCAUGACACUUGACAAGGUUAUCGUGGAUCUGUCAACCCUGUCAAGCCGGAACGGUGGUUGGCACGGCGUGGUCUACACCGCCCUGAGCCGGGUACGCACCAAGGAGGGGCUGCAGCUGUUUGGAACGGCCAACCGCACGAUCGAUGGGCGCGUUCUGCGAUGGUCGGAGGGCAGGCGGGCUCCGGCGGUGUGCCGGACGGACCCCAGCAGCGGCUUCCGGUGGCUCUGGGAGAUGGUGAAGGAACUGCCGAAGAACGCGGCUGCAGAGGGGUAUUUCCGGAACGACCCGCACCGGCAGCUGCUCGGUGACCGUGGCGGCGAGAGCAGCAGCAGCAGCACCAGCAGCACCAGCAGCACCAGCAGCACCAGCAGCACGGUUGAGAUGGCGACGAGCGCGGUGGGGGCUCGCCAGCAGCAGGGCAGCUCGGAUGAGGGCCCUGCUGGCAGCGGGUCCUCAUCAUCGGAUGCUGCCCUGCUUGCUUCGGGCGCAUCCACCAAGCUGCUGGGCCCUGGGGCCGCGGGGCAGCAGCAGCCUGCCGCAGACGUCCCCAACGCCGUCUUCAAGCUCAUGGCACGCGUAGACGAGGAAGCCGCCAAGGAGGCGCUAUCAGAACCCGCCGACAGUGAGGAGGAAGAGAAGUCGGUUGACGAGGGCACCUCGCUGCUGACCGCGGCAGCGCAUCACGACGACGACGACUCGUUGAGUUCCGAGUUGGCGGAGUGUAUGGCAGUGCUGCAGGCGCAGGUGGCGCGCAAGAAUGCGCCGCUUAAGUCGGAGCUGCGCCUGAUACUGGCGCGGAUGGGGAUGCUGCUGGACAGGUUGAAGAAGGAGGGGCUGUGAGGUGUGCUGGGGUGCUGGGCCGGGCACGAGUGGGUGCGUUCGUGUGCUUGCCGGCUACCGCGGGCCUGGUCGCUGUGUUGAAGAGCCGCUGGCAGCGCGUUCUAGGUUUCAGCUACUCCAUGUUUUGUUGCUACGGAGGGUGCGGGGAAGCAUCCUGGGGCAACCUAGCAGGGCAAUGUCUGUUUGCUAAAGCUUACUUGGAGUGUCAUCAUUAGCAGGACUGUAGCAGGUGUAGCCACCGUGCAUUGUGUUACAAUAGAAGCCAGGUCAUCAUGUCUGUUUCAUUGAUCAUACGUUCCAUAGCAUGUAGUGUAUGCUUGCCCGUCGCGGCUGGCUUUGGGACCAGACCUAGCUGGAGGACCCCGGGCAUCCGCAGAAUGUCAAUUACUUGCUCAAGCUCGAAGGUAUUAGGUUGGACACGCCAGGAUGAACGGUACAUGUAAUGUACGUUUUGUGCCGAGCGGAACUGUACGGAAUACCGGUACACAUUAGCUGUUAAAAAGUAGAUAUGAACUGGUUUCUGUUGUGUAGUGUGUGUUUUCAGGGGCAAGUGAGUAAUGCUGGUAGGAAGGCUUAUUACUGUCAACGUGCCCAGACCCAUGGGUCGCGUUACAAUGAGAGCCGUGUGCUGCAGCAUAAAUGGUAUAAUGUUAAAAUAUGUUAUGUAGUCCGGCGCAUUAUAAAUGAAUGACCAUUACAGUGAUGCAUUCCGAUGGUGUAAAGAUGCAUCUUAAUUCCGCACCCAUGUCCUACAAGCAGGUUCUGGAGUAUGCUUGCGGUGCUUUGCCUAGUUUGUAGUUGUCUGCCAGUCACGUCCGAGGGAAGCGUCGUGAACUUUAUGCAAAUUGAGGACAAAGGGCGAGAUGGGGUACACGUAGGCUACAUGGAAC